UGUUGAUCUUGACUGGAGCUAGAUCUCGAGACACCGGAUCUAUCGCCUACCGCUUUCCUUUUCUUGUUUUUUAUUUUUUUUAGUCAGAUAGCUCUUGGCUUCUGAAUCUUCGGUUGGGUGAAAAUUUUCAUGUGCACUGUCCCAGACGAAUCUUUUUUCACCCUUUACAAAUUACAAGUUGUCAUCACGCACAAAUUGUUUUCGGUAAUUUUUUCUAUUAAUAAUUUAUAAGGUUUCUCUGGAUUUUCGGUGGGACUGUGAGCUCGAACCAGUUUUCAAAUGUUCGCUUCAUGCUAUCAAACGCUAUCCAAGUAGGAACCAGCAGGCGACAGGGGAUCCGCAUCUGAUCUUUCCCUCCUAAACAAUGGUUGGAAGUUCAGAUAUCUGCCUUGGAAGUUCAGACAUCUCCGCUGCCAGCCUCCCCAUCAACCGGAAGCUAUUGACGUUAGCCGUAGUAAACGAUGGCUCUAGGGUCCUCCUUGGCCUCAAGAAACGUGGGUUUGGUGAGGGUUACUACAAUGGUUUCGGGGGUAAGGUCGAAGAAGGGGAGACCAUCGAUCAAGCAGCUGUUAGAGAGCUCAAAGAAGAAGCAGGGAUAUCCCCAAUUGGUAUGACGAAGCUGGGGAUUCUGAUAUUCCAUUUUGAUGAUAAGCCCUGCCCUUGGGAGGUACACGUGUUCAAUGUUCCUGAGUUUACUGGAGAACCAUGUGAAAGUGAUGAAAUGCUGCCAACUUGGUUUGCACAUGAGCAGAUUCCAUUUGAGCAAAUGUGGAAAGAUGACACUGUUUGGUAUCCUCUUUUUCUCAAAGGGCAAAAAUUUAAGGGUGAAUUUUUUUUCCAGGACACACAUAAAUUGUUUUCUUACAAAUGUGAGGCCGUUGAAUCAUUAUAAAGACUGUAUUUAAGGAUAGAACCUGUUGUCAACAAACUGCAUCUAGUGCACAUCUAUGGUGUAAGUUUGCACUUUCUAAAUAUUAAUGACAUUGCCGGCUAAUCAUUUUUAAAGGGAGCUAUGUGAUCCACUUGGUUGAUCUCAACCAGCUAUUUCUAGUCUAAUUUGUGCAGCCAAUCAGAAAGUACAUCACUAGUGCUUAUACUGUCGAUCAUCAAAAUGGAGGGUGGACAUUGUGGAUCUCUUUAAAGUUGUUUGUCCUCCUGAAUGCUGUUUGUCCCACUCUUGGAGUUGGAUCAUAAAGAAUCCCACCUGAGCAGGUGGCCCUGUAAUUGAGAAGUGCGACGGAGAACCUGGUGAUCGGUUGCUACUUGAGACACUGUCAUGUAGAGUGUGACCAAUCUGCUCUGUCAACUCUGUUGUAUGUAUAAUGCCACUUGGGUGGCUCUAAUGAAACCAAGAUGCAUGAUUUGGUGGUUAUUUGCACUCUGUAUAUCUAGCAUAAUAUAUGUUGCAGCACACUACUAAUCUUGUUGUCCCAGCAACUAUUACUGAGAUUGCUGCGUGCUCUAAAAAUUCACUUUCUUGUUCUUGCUUCUUUUCUCA